GGCUUUUUUUGCAUAUGGUAGAUUAACGUAUUAUCAAAUUUUCUUUUUGUUUGAUACCUACCAUUUCUACUACUUCUAACAAGUAUAUAUAUACCAACAGAUAUCUCCAAUUUUAAUCUUAUGAAAUCUAAUUUGAAAUUUUAUUUAUUUUAAAUCUUUCUUUAUUUUACUUUCUUCUUUUCAUUCUUAAUUUUUGUCUUUUGUAUAUUAUAUCUUCACUUCCCAUCUUUAGAAAUUAAAGGAUCCUUAUAAUUAUUUAAUAUAAUAAGAAUUCCAAUAUGUCUAAUACCCCAGGUGGUGAUGUAUUCACUUUUGAUUUAAAUGGUCAAUUCGAUAAAGGUGAUAUGGCCUGGAUCGGUGUUGCUGGAGCCUUGGUGUGGAUUAUGAUUCCAGGUGUCGGUCUUUUAUAUAGUGGUUUAGCAAGAAAAAAGCAUGCUUUAUCAUUAUUGUGGGCUUCUAUAAUGGCCUGUUGUUUAACCACCUUCCAGUGGUUCUUUUGGGGUUAUUCUUUGGCAUUUGCGAAAGGUUCAUCUCAAUUUUUAGGUAACUUGGAUUUCUUUGCCUUAAAAAAUGUGUUGGGUUCUCCAUCUGCUGUUACCACACUUCCAGAUAUGUUAUUCUGUUUCUAUCAAGGUAUGUUCGCCGCCACUACCGCUAUUUUAAUGGUUGGUGCUGGUUGUGAAAGAGCUAGAUUAGGUCCAAUGAUGGUUUUCUUAUUUAUAUGGUUAACUGUUGUCUAUUGUCCAAUUGCUUCUUGGACUUGGGGUUCUAAUGGUUGGUUAUACAACUUAGGUGCUUAUGAUUUCGCUGGUGGAGGUCCUGUCCAUCAAAACUCUGGUUUUGCUGCUUUAGCUUAUUCCUUAGUUUUAGGUAAAAGACAUGAUCCAUUAGCCACUGGUAAAGUUCCAAAAUAUAAACCACAUUCAGUAUUUUAUAUUGUUUUAGGUACGGUUUUACUUUGGUUUGGAUGGUUUGGUUUCAAUGGUGGUUCCACCGGUAAUGCUUCCAUUAGAUCUUGGUAUGCAUGUGUUAACACCAAUACUGCCGCUGCUAGUGGUGGUUUAGCUUGGAUGAUUCUUGAUUGGUUCAGAUUAGGUGGUAAAUGGUCCACCGUUGGUUUAUGUACUGGUGCCAUUGCUGGUUUAGUUGGUAUUACUCCAGCUGCUGGUUUUGUUCCAAUUUAUACCGCUCCACUUUUCGGUGUUAUUCCAGCCAUUGUUUGUAAUUAUGCUGUUGAUAUUAAAGAAUUAUUACACAUUGAUGAUGGUUUAGAUGUUUUCGCUUUACAUGGUGUUGGUGGUGCUUGUGGUUCAUUUUUAACCGGUAUUUUCGCUGCUGAUUAUGUUGCUGCUUCAGAUGGUUCAGUUUAUGCUGACCCAUCUGCUAGAAUUGCUGGUGGAUGGAUGAAUCAUCAUUAUGAACAAUUAGGUUAUCAAUUAGCUGAAAUUUGUGCCAUUGGUUCUUGGUCAUUUAUUGUAACUGCUAUUUUAUUAUUAGCUAUGGAUAGAGUUCCCUUCUUAAGACUUAGAUUACAUGAAGAUGAAGAAAUGUUAGGUACUGAUUUAGCUCAAAUUGGUGAAUUUGCCUAUUAUGACAGUGAUGUUGAAGAACAUUACAAAAACCCAGAAGAAAGUCCAUAUGUCAUUGAACCAAUCAGAUCCACUGAAGCUAGACUUGCUAAAUUAAAAGCUGUUACUUCUUCCAAACAAGCUGAUGAAAUCGAUGGUAUUACUGCAGAUGGUAAAGGUUCUUUAAGUCCAGAUAAUGGAACUGUUAGUGAUGCUUCUAAAAAGUAAUUUAAUUAAUAAUAACAAAAAUAUUAUAUUAUAUUAAGUUAUAUACUGUUUUUUAAAGCCUUCAAUUCUAUUUUUAAAUUUUUCAAUUCUUUCUUAGUUAUUUUUAAUUUUUGAUUUACCUAUUUUUAGUUAUACUUCAUAUGAUUACUUUACAUUAUAUUAAUAAAAAAAUGAUCAUAAAAUUGUUUAAUUACAAAGUAGAAUUCUUAUCAUAGUAACAAGUUGGAUUACAAAUAGGCCUCUGCGAAAUCUAAUUACUCGGAAUUUUU